CUGUCCCUCGCGUUGUUUUAAGAGGCUCCGGGCGGCGGGGUGGGGAGGGAAGGUCCAGGACGGUCCCGGGGACUCCAGGACCUGUCCGCGGCGCCAUGGUUUGAGGUAGGAAUUCAACUUAUUUUUGGACUGCUUGGAUAGAGGGAGGAGCUAGCAAAGAGAAGUAUGAAGAAUUGAUCAUCAUGGUGUGAGUAAAGGUGUGAUAGGUAUACAGCUGGUUGUUACCAUGGUGAUGGCCAGUGUCAUGCAGAAGAUUAUACCUCACUAUUCUCUUGCUCGAUGGCUACUCUGUAAUGGCAGUUUGAGAUGGUAUCAACAUCCUACAGAAGAAGAAUUAAGAAUUCUUGCAGGGAAGCAGCAGAAAGGGAAAAGCAGAAAAGACAGGAAAUAUAAUGGUCACAUUGAAAGUAAGCCACUAACUAUUCCAAAGGAUAUUGACCUCCAUCUAGAAACAAAGUCAGUUACAGAAGUGGAUACUUUAGCGUUGCAUUAUUUUCCAGAAUACCAGUGGCUGGUGGAUUUCACAGUGGCUGCUACAGUUGUGUAUCUAGUAACUGAAGUCUACUACAAUUUUAUGAAGCCCACACAGGAAAUGAAUAUCAGCUUAGUCUGGUGCCUGCUUGUUUUAUCUUUUGCAGUCAAAGUUCUGUUUUCAUUAACUACACACUAUUUUAAAGUUGAAGAUGGUGGUGAAAGAUCAGUCUGUGUUACCUUUGGAUUUUUUUUCUUUGUGAAAGCAAUGGCAGUCUUGAUUGUGACAGAAAACUAUCUGGAAUUUGGACUUGAAACAGGUUUUACAAAUUUUUCAGAUAGUGCGAUGCAGUUUCUUGAAAAGCAAGGUUUAGAAUCUCAGGGUCCUGUUUCAAAACUUACUUUCAAAUUUUUCCUGGCUAUUUUCUGUUCACUCAUUGGGGCUUUUUUGACAUUUCCUGGAUUACGACUGGCUCAAAUGCAUCUGGAUGCCCUGAAUUUGGCAACAGAAAAAAUUACACAAACAUUACUUCAUAUCAACUUCUUGGCUCCUUUAUUUAUGGUUCUGCUGUGGGUAAAACCAAUAACCAAAGACUACAUUAUGAACCCACCAUUGGGUAAAGAAAGUGUCCCUUUAAUGACAGAAGCGACAUUCGAUACUCUGCGACUCUGGUUAAUAAUCCUGCUGUGUGCUUUGCGGUUGGCCAUGAUGCGCAGUCACCUACAAGCUUACUUAAACUUAGCCCAGAAAUGUGUGGAUCAAAUGAAGAAAGAAGCAGGGCGAAUAAGUACAGUUGAGCUACAGAAAAUGGUGGCUCGAGUCUUUUAUUACCUUUGUGUCAUUGCCCUGCAGUAUGUGGCACCUCUGGUAAUGCUGCUUCACACAACUCUGCUUUUGAAAACACUAGGUAAUCAUUCCUGGGGGAUUUAUCCAGAAUCUAGCUCUACCUUGCCAGUGGAUAAUACUCUACCCUCCAAUUCUGUUUCCUCUGAAUUACCAUCUGCUGAUGGGAAGGUGAAGGUAACUGUUACACAAAUAACAGUGGCACUGAGCAGCUUAAAAAAUAUUUUCACUCCUCUGCUUUUUCGAGGACUUCUGUCUUUUCUGACCUGGUGGAUUGCUGCUUGUCUCUUUUCUACAAGCCUUUUUGGGCUUUUCUAUCACCAGUAUCUGACUGUGGCAUGAAUCUUAAUUAACAAAAACGGAUAUCCAAGUCACACUCGAAAUUGAAAUAUUUGUGCUGUCGGAAACCAGAAGAAAGCAAAUACAAAGGAAAAAAAACAUAUCAGAAUAUUUUGUUUUAAAUGCUUCCUCUGUAUUCUCAGGGUGAAUCAAUGGUAUAAUAUUUAAAAUUACAGAGUAGAUUAUUAACUGCUAUACUGUGGCAUUGGAAUUUUAACUCCUUGUAUUAACUAAUGUGAGAGGGCUAUCUACAGGGGUAAUACUUUUGAUUACCUUGGUUUACAGAAACCUCCAGCAGUCUUUGAAACUUCUCAUUUGACUCCACUUAUUGAUUGAUUGCUCUUAAUGGUACAAAGGUACUGUUAAUAUUCAUAUUGGCUGCCUAUAGAACAAUCUUCAAACUGAGCCAUGCUUUGGGGGAGGGAAAGGAGCUAAAAUCACUUCUGUUGGUAGUAUGUUAGUCAGUCUUCAAACAACAAUAGCAAAAUCCAACAGAAAGGACGAAAUAGCUACUGUAUAUUACAGUAAAGAAAGCUGCAUAGUAAUUUUAAAUUUUAUGGAGAUGUACAUGCUUAAUAUCUACAAGUACUGCUGCCUGAGAGUAGCAAGAAUAUUGUUUUAAAAUGUAUUCUAUCCAGUUUGAGGGAUCUUUUAAUAUGAUUGGCUAUAUGAACAUUUGCAAUCUUGCUAAUAGGCUUGGAACUCCCAUAUUUUAUUCUGUGAUCCUAAAUAUAGUUCUUUUAUUAGUCUAAAGAUAUUUAUCAACAUUGAUCAGACUUUUAAAAAUUUACUUUAAUCCUGCUGACUACCUGUAUGUAUUGUAUAUAUUAUAUAUUAAAUAUAUAAUAUAUUGAGAUUAUAAAAGGUGAAAAUAUUGGAUCCUUAUAUUUUAAGUUGCUGAAUGUAUAUUAAAUGUGGUUGAAUGAGAUGUGUUUGUAUCUAGAAAUUUUCUUUCUUUUUGGAAUGAGAUUAAAAUAUGUUUUGAAAGUUCAUUAGAUCAAGCAAUUUAUUUGUGUUACCUAUGUGUGAGACUGCUUAGAAUUUUAUAAGUACUUGGGAUGAUUUCUCCCAAAUUAAAAUUAUUUUUCUGUCAUUUUCAAAAAUCAGAACUUUUCCCGCUAACCAAAUCUACAGGAAUCAUUUAAACCCAUGGUAAAUAGGAAUUCGUUUAGGUUUAUGGUGUUUAGAAUAAGAAAUGUUAAUAAUUUUCUUUACAGAAUGAAAUUGAAGUAACUUGAAUGAAAAAUUCAUAGGAAGUGAAAAAAGAUCUAAAAAUGUUUUUGAUGCUUUCUUUGUUUAUCUAAAACCCCAAAUUAAGAGCUUCAGUUAUAAAGGGAAUGAAUAUAAGAGAUAAAGUCUGUUUCCUUUUUCAACAAAUAGCAGAAUUUAUAGAUAAACAUUCUUCCAUUGAAUGUUCUUCAGAGGCUAUAUGUUAGUGCUAUGGUUUCAGUGCUAUUGUCACUAUUGAAAGAAAUUUUGAAUCUCUUUUGGAAUUUCAAGGUUUGUGGUUCACAUUCAUUUGAAUAAUCACAGUGCAGCAAGUUCCUGUCUUUUGGUAUAGAUUAAAUAUUGUGGAAUUAGCUGACAUUUCUAAAUAUGAGUGAGUAAUAAGUGCUUAAUUUGGCUAAAACUCUGAUUGAUAAGAAUUGUUAAUAUAGCCAAAUGGUAGUUCAUGUGUAUUUCCAAAAGGAACAUUCCAAAUACAUCUUGAGAUAACAGCAUCCACUAAAAUAAGUGUCUUUUAAUAAGAUUAUAGCAAAGCAUGAUAUUUAUUUUGUAUGUGAAAGUUCUCACAUGUUGGACUUGAAAAGAACCUCACCUGAUAUUUAUAAAACCAUUUUUAUUGAAGAGCUACGUUUUUAAAACUAUAAUUUAAGUUAUUAUUUUGAGUUUCAAAGAUUGUACCAUGGUAUUAUAUAGGGUGGGGCAGGGGAGGCAUAGAAUUUAUUAUUGGAUGAAAUAACCUGCAUUUCUAAAAUACUAUUGAUUCACUCUUUUUAGACUUGAAUUCUCCCUAAGUGUACUGUGAACUUGUUCAAACUGCACAUUAAUUUAAGUAAUGGGUUUGGUUUAGGUUUUUUUUAGCCUUUCCAAACAAAUUUGAAGAAUAUGAUGGUUGUAACUACUAACUGGUUUAUUUAAGCAUCUUGUCUAUGUAUACAAAUUCUGUUUCUGAGUGUAAAGGGUUUAUACUUUCUGUAAAUCAAAUAAUAUUUUUUUAAUUGAGAUAUAAUUGACAUAUAACAUUGUAUUUGCUUUAGAUGUACAACAUAAUUUUAUAUAUAUAUAUAUAUAUAUAUAUAGCAAAAUGAUUCCAAAUAAUAUUUUAAUAUUCUUAGGCCAGUAGAAUUCUUUUAUUAUUUAUGUUGGGCUCUAGUCAAUAUAACUAAGUGCUUCAUAGAUCAGUUUUUUUAUAUUUUUGUUAAAUUAACUAGGAAUCCUUAUAAUCUUGUUUCAUAUGAUUUGUGGAAUUGCUUUUGACAAUAUGUUGAUUCCUGCCCCCCCCCCAAUUCCCUGCCCAUUACAUGAUAAAAAUCCAAGCUGUAUUCUCCCUCCUACCCCCAUUGAUGUGUCUGAAAUGAAAAGCAUAUAAUUUUAUCUUAAUAUCCGUAUGCAUUUUGAUUAUCUUUGGCAUUUUCCCCAGAAUUCCAAUUGCUAUGCUUAAAUGACCAACGCAUCCAAGCAGAAUGGGUUCAUUGUCUUAUUGUUUCUGAUAUAAAUAUCAUUGGUAAAAUAGUGACAUUUCUUCUUGAGUUAUGAUUCAGAACAGAUAUUCAUCCAUUAAUGGAAUUGAUAGGUCCAGGAAGCAAUAAGUAGAAUUCAUUAUGAAAUCUAUAAUUGGAACUUCACUGGAUAGAUUUUAUUCUUUCAAAUGAAAGAUUAAAUUCUCAGUACUGAAAAGCAUAGGGUCUCAACAUUCUCUGAAUUCAAACACACUUUCUGAGCCAUCUCAUAAUUGAAAAUGGUCUAUCAUGGUAUAUGGCUCUAUUCAGCAAAAUAAAACUAAGUGAUUUUUGAAUGUAGAUCAUCCCACAUCUUCACAGACCUUUAGGUGGCCUAAAGAAUCAGAUUUAAACACAAUUAUGAUCUGAGACCAUGAGCCCAGUUCUCAGAUAUUUCUACAAUAUUGUCUUUUAACUCCUACUUGUCUCAUUAUGUCUGUACCCUGGCUUCAUAACUGAGCUGGUUAUGUGCCAUGAUAACUCUGACAUGGACACUAAGGAUGAUCACAAAACUAAUGUUAACCUUUCUCUUCUUUAAAGUGGUAAAAUUUUUACUUAGUCUUUUUUUUUUUCUUCCUAAGAAAAAAGAAAAACCAGAUAUAGCUUGUCCAUAUGCUUAUUUUAUGUUAAAAUUGAACUCCUUUCUUUUUAGCUACAAACUAUUAUGUUGGGUGGGCCUCUCUUUAGUGAUUCAGAGUGUGUAUUUUCUAUUUCAUUGUUGAAAUGUUUCUUUUCCCCUUAUAAUUCCCUGUAUAUGGUUACUCCCCUCCUUUCUCCCACUUGGCAGAAGACCUAUUCAUCAUCUUAAAUGAAGAAACAAUAUAAUUUUAUGGAAAGAAUGUUAGUUUAAUAAUCAAGAAACAUCCCAUUGCUGCCUUCAGUUAGCUAUUUUUUGCACUAAGUGUUCAACCUCUAGUAAUUAAAUAGAAUUGAAUUAUCAUCACUUUUGACCUCAGUAUUAUCAUAAAAUAAAAAAAUUUACAUUAAAUGUAUGGCUAUAUAUUUUUACAGCUGGUAUCAAUUUUUUGUGUGUGUUAGCAUGAGAAAAAUGAAUAGCAAUUUUUGGCUUCAGGAGCAGUCACAGAUCAGGUUAGAGGGCAUUCAUUCACUUUUCCUUGGAAAUAACUUCAAGUGUUUUUUUUCAGGAACAUUUUGUUUUGUACUCUUUUAAUUAUUCACUCAGUAAAAUUUAUUUGGUAUCUAUAAUAUUCCAGAAACUGCCCUACAUACAACAGUGAACAAAACAUCAAAAUUCUUCCUCAAGGAGCUUAGAGUCUGGUUCAGGAAUGCAACAAAAUGAAUAUGAGUCAAAUGUAGGAUAUGUUAGAUAGUGACCUAAUAAGUGGAGAUUGGGGAGGAAUCAGGGAAGGGAGAAAGAAUAUGAAGAUGGAGGAUAGGGAUAAAGUAAAAUUUUAAGCAGAGCAUUGAGAGAAAGCCUCACUGAGAAAGUAAUUGGAGUAAUGAAUGACUUGUAGGAAGUAAGACCCUUCAUAGUGUUGUUUUUUUUUUUUCUUAUGAGCCCUGUAGUUUAUUUGUUGACAAAACACCUCGAUUGCUUGGACUUUGCUAUUUGUGUGCUCACUAACGAAAUACUUGAAAAGAUAGUAUUAUAUUUCUGAUUUGGUGUACUGUACAGAAAGGAUUAUAGGCAUUAUAUGCUGCUUGUUUGCCAAUGAACAGUAAAGCAUGUAAGAAAUAUAAUCUGAGUCCGCUUGUUAUAGUUUUUCUGUCAAGUGCUUUUUAACUUAAUUCAGACAUGUUUACAUUUUAUUUUAGUAGAACUUUUAAAGACUCCAAGGAUUUUAAAUGAGUUACAGGACCCUGGAGCAAUAUGAUAUGUCCACUUGGCAGACAAAUUUUGCCCACCAGUUCUUUUAUCUGUCAGAUAAUCUGUUAACACAGAGGUAAUUAACAAAGGGUAACAUGGCUGAGGACGAAUUUGAUUAAUAGCAUCUUAGCAAAAUUUUAAAUGUUAUAACACAAUUUGAGUAAGUCAAAUGUACCCACUGCUGAAGUAUUAAAAAUG